ACUACUUGUCGCCAGGCUGAGUCUGGCUGGGUGGGGUUUAAUUACCUCUUGCAGCCCACGUGCAUCUGGCUGGGUGGGGCUCUAUUAUGCCUUGGAGCCCAGCUGAGUGUGGUUGGGUGGUGCUGAAUUGUCUCCUGGUGCUCCUGUCUGACUCUGCGUGACUGAAGCUGUGAAAUUCCUGCACCUUCACUUUGCUGGGUAAAGUCUGACUCAGUGUGGGGCUGUGUCCACCGCUCUCUCUGUAGCAGAGGACUCCACCGGCUGCUGUGGUUUUCAGCCGUCCCCCAGGGCAGGAAGCACCACUGUCCCUUGGUCAGCUGCCAAUGCUCCAGCUGACAGCCACCCCAGCAAGUGCCCUUGCAGACGAGCCAGUUCACAUCCGAGUGACUGGCCUGCCCCCUUCCCAGAUGGUGACCCUCACGGCGUCCCUGAAGGAUGAGAAGGGGAAUCUGUUCCAGUCCAGAGCCUUCUACAGGGCCAAUGAGGCUGGCCAGGUGGAUGUGGAGCAGGACCCUGCAUUUGGAGGCGACUAUGUGGGGGUACACCCCAUGGGCCUCUUCUGGUCCCUGAAGCCUGAGAGGGCUUUCCAGAGAUUGCUAAAAAAGGAUGUGAUGAACAGCCCCUUUUGGGUCACUCUGGACCUGUAUGACUCAGUGUGCUUGGAAGAUUCAGCCACGGUUCAGCCCCGAGUCAGCCAGACUGUGCAGCGCUGGUUCUCCGCACCCGGGCUGCAGCGGACGCAGAUCCGAGAGGGGCGGGUGCGAGGAGCCCUUUUUCUCCCUCCAGGGGAAGGCCCUUUCCCAGGAGUCAUUGAUCUGUUCGGGGGCAUUGGGGGUCUGGUUGAAUUUCGGGCCAGUCUGCUGGCUGCUCACGGCUUUGCAGUGCUGGCAUUGGCAUAUUUUGCCUACGAAGACCUGCCGGACCAACUGUUGGAGGUGGAUCUGGAAUAUUUUGAGGAAGCUGCCAACUUGCUACUGGCUCAUCCCAAGAUCCAAAGGCCAGGAAUCGGGGUGAUCUCUGUGUGCAAAGGUGCAGAGAUCGGGCUGGCCAUGGCCUGCUACCUGAAGCAGGUGGCGGCCGUCGUCUGCAUCAAUGGUCCCAACGCCGUCUUGAACGUUCCGCUCAGGUACCGGGACCAGGUGGUGCAACCCAUCCUCUGCGUCGUGGAGCGCAUUCAGGUGCAAGUCUCAGGUGCCGGGCACCUGCGCAGCUGUCACGGGGACCCCCGGGAUGUGCUGAAUGGGCAGAGCGUGCUUCCUGUCGAAAAGGCCGAGGGUCCGAUCCUCUUCAUCGUGGGGGAGAAAGACGAAUGUCUUGAUGGCCGCGCGCACGCGUUGCAGGCCAUGGAGCAGCUGCGGAGCCACGGGAGAAGCAGCGGCAGGAUGCUGGUGUACCCCGGCGCCGGCCACCUCCUGGAGCCGCCUUACUCCCCGCUGUGCUACGCUUCCCGGAGCCCUGGCCUUGCCCGGCCCUUGCUCUGGGGAGGGGACCCUGCUGCCCACGCGGCAGCCCAGGAGCACGCCUGGGGAGAGAUCCAGAAGUUCUUCUGGCAACACCUCCUUCCCACCAGAAGCAAACUCUGAGCAACAAUUACUUUCAGAGGAUAGGGCCCAUAUGAUUUUUGCAUUCCCUGAUACAAUGAUUAAUCCACAUGUUUCUCAUCACUGGAUGCUAAAGCUGCUUGGUUGAUGGUUGACGGGAAAGAGGAAUCUCACAAGGUGCCAAAGUACCACCUGCAGAUAUGUAACAGAUAUAACGGAGGAAAUGUAAUUUUGAAAUGGAUUGGAAUGGAUUGUCACCACCUGAACCCACUGACCAACUUUAGCAUCUUUAAAAAUGUUUUGCCAGAAGUGCUUCAUGGUAGCCUGUCAUGUGGAGAGCCCAGAACCAUUUAGAAGUACUCCUCACAACACUGUUGAACUUGAACUGAAACAAGUGUUUAGGUCUAACGUCAUGUUGAUAUACUGGUUAGACAAAAAAGUUAAACAACACUGUAAGAAACAGUGCAGCAGAUCCAGAGUGUGGGGCAUUCUGUGGGACAACUGGCCCAUCCAACAAGUCAAUUGCAUGGAAAAAAAAAAGGGCUGUAGUGGGCUGAAAGACCAUUGGGAAUUUUAAAAAAAGACAUUAAAAAACAAAAGGGACAUAUCAACCAAAUGCGGUCCUGGUUUGAACAAAGUGAUGUAAAAAGACAUUUCUGGGAGAUAAUUAAAGAAAUCUGAAUAUGGAUGGGAUAAUACAUGACACUAAGGAAAUGUUAUCUUAUUCAGUGUGAUAACGGUAUUGUGGUUAUGUAUAUAUAAAAGUCACUAUUUUAGAGAUGUAUACUCAAAUACUUAGAGGUGAAAGGUGAUGAUACAGUGGAAUUGCUUUAAAAUACUACAGAAAUAUGACAAAAUCUGAACAACCGGUAAGUUUGUGUGGUAGACAGAAUUAUGUACCCAAAGAAAGACAUGUUCUUAAUAUGCAUUCCCAUGGGUGGGAACCCAUUUAUAAAUAGAGCCUUUCGGAGAUAUGUUACCAGUUAAGGUGUGGACUCGUUUGUGAAAGAAUAGGAUCUUCUGAGAGAUUUACUUAGGGUUGGCCAAACUGAAUGAGGGCGGCCUGAAACCAUAUGACCAAAGUCCUUUGCAAGCAGGAGAAAUUCAGACACAGCCAGAGAAAACCACAGAGGAGAAAACCAACGAUGUCCCACCUGAUGGGGCACUGCUCCCAACCCCAAGAGAAAGCCUAGCUUUACUGACACCUCAGUGUGGAACUUCUGGCCUCUAAAACCAUAAGCCAAUAAAUUCUUGUUGUGUAAGCCCAUCUGUGCUGUGGUGUUUGUCUCAGCAGCCUGGCAGACUAAGACAGUCUAGAUGACAGGCACU